AUGAGUUUUACAUCAUUGGAAAUGUUGUUUACAAUUCUUAGUUUGCUAGUACCAAGUUUAGCUGUUGCUGUAUCAAAUGCUCGUGAUGCUGUGAAACUCGAUUUAACAAUCUCUGAGGAACACAUGUACUAUGUUGAAAAUGUUGCUUUAGGUACACCUGGGCAGUCUAUUUCAAAUAUUAUUGUUGAUUCAGGCUCUUCUGAUUUGAUGAUUGUGGACUCAAUCUACAAUUUCUCAGCUUCUUCAACCUUUUACAACAGCAAUCAGACUGCUAUUAUGAAAUAUGGAUAUGGUGGCGAAUUCCCAGUUUACUUGGUCAACGAAACAAUCAGCUCCAGAGAUUGGAAGUUAUCCAAUUUGUCUAUGGGAUUGGCAAAUAUUUCCGACAUGGAUUCAUUUUCGGGUAUCUUGGGCAUUGGAUUCACGAGACAAGAGCUAUUCAAGACAAAUUAUCUGAAUUUUCCCUAUUUAUUAAAAGACCAGGGUUACACAAAGAGUGUUUUAUUUUCCUUCAACGGCCAAGAUCAAAACCCAUCUAUUAUAUUUGGGGGAAUUAGUACCAACAUCAUCGAUGGUCCACUAGUUAGAGCACCCUUUAUUAAGGUAAUUAGUUUUAUUAACCAAGUCAAUUAUUGGUUAAUGCCAACAUUCACUGUCAAUCAAAUCAAACUUGGUGAUGCAAUUGUUUCCAACCAGAAAACCUUGUACCAAAUUGAUAGCGGCACUAACGGAUUUGUGCCACCAACUCCGGUUUUAAACAACAUUUUCAAAAUAUUAGGCGAUGACUAUAUUAAAGAUGACAAUGGUAAUAUUUAUUUUGACAUUAAAUAUAUUGAAGGAUUGAACAUUACUUUGAGUGUUCAGGGCUAUGAUAUUGGGUUUCAGCUAGUUGAUAUAGUUGGUGAUACCAUUGAGAGAAACGGUACCACUUUCGUAGCAUUGAAUGUUGCCUCUUGUGAUAUUGGAUACAAUGCAUACGAAGGCCUUUUGCCAAAUUUCAUUUUCAAAUAUCAUUAUGCCAUUUUUGAUUACGAUAAUGCUCAAAUCUACUUUGGAAAGUAUAAGAAUUCAAACAAGGUGGCAAAUAUUGUUGCUGUGACAAAUGGUAAUCAGUUGCCAGUACCCACUGUUGAUGUCCCAAAUGCUGAAGAUACAUAUUCUGUAAUCUAUGUUGCUGAAAGUGAAACUACUGUUGCAAUUGCUCCCACUCGAGUAGAAUCAAGCAAUUCAUCAUUCAAUGCUUCCCAGGUUACUUCAAGUAGUAUAACUUACAGUUCAACUACCGAUGAUGAGUUCACAAGGUCAACCUCCAACUCAAAAUAUUGUUAA